AUGGAAGCAAAGGUUAUUUCUACUCUACGUAUUUAUGCACUGCUUGAUACACCUUUUUCAAAUCUAAAGCCCUCAAAUCAAGUCAAACAUUUAACCACAGUUGCCAGAUUCUCGAGAAAUUACUAUAAACCAGAAUUAUUAAAAAUCCAAUCAAUUAAGAAAUUUGGAAACCAAAAUAUUUAG